AAACGGAAGCAUAGUUCUCUGGUGUCCUUGUGCUGAAGUCUUUUGAGGACAGUUCGCGAUGUUUAGACAGAUUCAGGCGCUCCAGGCCGUGGCGCGGCGGAGCAUCAGCAGCAGCGCGGUGCGACAGGGAAACAAGGUCCCGCACAAACAGAAGCUUUUCCAGGAGGAUAAUGGGAUGCCUGUUCAUCUAAAAGGAGGCAGUGCUGAUGCGCUGCUUUACAGGACCACCAUGGUGCUCACAGUGAUGGGUGUAGGCUAUGUGGUGUACGAGCUGGUGAAGGCCGCAUACCCUCAGAAGAAAGAAUAACCACUGGUUUAGACCAGGUUUAGUCCUGGUUUAGAUCAGACUCAGUUAAAACCCGGUCCAAUCCAAACCUGCUCCUCCUCAGUCCAGAGUCCAGUCCUGGCUCUGGUCCCGUUCUGCUCGUCUUUUGGCUGUAUAUGAUUCAGAUUUGACAUGUUUAAGUUUAUGUUCAUGGGAUCAAUAUUUAUUUGUGUUCAAAAGAACAAUAAAAAACUCAUGACUCAACA